AUAUGGAGACGAAAAGAGCAGAAGCCCUCUUCAAUGACAUCUGUGGGUUACGGCAGAACAGGUCAGUCAAGUCAAUGGCAAAAUCAUCAUCGCUGCGAAUAGCCGGCGGAUUGUCUACCGCAGAGACCGGGGACUGGCCGUGGCAAGCUAGUCUGCAGUACAAUAACAUCCAUCGCUGCGGUGCGACGCUCAUCAGCAAUACGUGGCUUGUGUCUGCAGCACACUGCUUCAGAGACAUGAGUCACCCUCAGAAGUGGACUGCUACGUUUGGAGCUCUUCUGAAGCCACCAAGCUUGAAACGAUCAGUCAAGACUAUUAUUAUUCAUGAAAAGUACCGCUACCCGGAACAUGAUUACGACAUUGCACUUGUGCAGCUCUCUAAACGAGUUGAGUUUACGGGCAGCAUACACCGCGUUUGCCUGCCCGAGCCAUCUCAGAUGUUUCCCAAAAAAAAUGUCAUCACAGGCUGGGGAGCUCUUACCAACGAUGGUCCAACUCCAAAUGCUCUUCAGGAAGCAACCGUGAAACUCAUCGACUCAAACACUUGCAACAGGAAGGAAGUGUACGAUGGGGACAUAACACCCAGGAUGUUGUGUGCUGGAUACUUGGAAGGAGGAGUCGAUGCUUGUCAGGGGGACUCUGGGGGCCCACUGGUUACUCCAGACUCCAGGCUGAUGUGGUACCUCGUGGGAAUAGUGAGCUGGGGAGAUGAAUGUGCCAAACCGAAUAAACCUGGGGUUUACACACGAGUGACUUAUUUCCGUGACUGGAUUACCUCAAAAACUGACAUCUAA